AUGGUAUUACUGUCAUCACCUCUGGAGCAGCCUAUGGAAGGAACAGUCUUGAUCCAACCAGAAAUCAAGGACCCCAACCCCACUGUGUACCAGCUGAGAAGCCCCAAGUCCAGCGACACUUCUGUCUGCCUGUUCACUGAUUUUGACUCUGAAGUCCAGCUGACACAAAUCACGGGGAGCAAGUGGAACAUGAUGCACAAGACAAAUAGCACCGCGCUCGACAUGGAGAUCCUGGGAUCCAAGAGCAACGGGAUAGUGACCUGGGGAAACACCAGCGAUGCUGGAUGCGAAGACACCUUCAGCAAGGACAUUCUCGUAGCCCCCAGCGACGGAAUUGCCUGUAAUGCCAAGCUGGUAGAGAAAAGCUUUGAAACAGAUAUGAACCUAAACUCCCAGAACCUGUCAGUGAUCGGGUUCCGCAUCCUCCUCCUGAAGGUGGUCGGGUUUAACCUGCUCAUGACGCUGCGGCUCUGGUCCAGUUGA